CCGUGCACGCUCCGCGGGCGAACUCCGGGUUCCGGUCGCGCCCGGGCCGAGCCGCGGGGUGUGAGCCGCGCGGGCCGCCGUAGUCAGCUGCCGCGAGCCGGAAGUGUCCGACGGGGGGCGGAGACUGCACGAUGGCCCCGGACCCCUGGUUCUCCACAUAUGAUUCUACCUGCCAGAUUGCUCAAGAGAUUGCCGAGAAAAUCCAACAGCAAAAUCAGUAUGAAAGAAAUGGUGAAAAUACAAUCAGGCUUACCGUGACAAUCAGAACUUUGUUGCAGAAUCUGAAGGAAAAGAUCGCCCUUUUGAAGGACUUAUUGCUAAGAGCUGUGUCAACACAUCAGAUAACACAGCUUGAAGGAGACCGAAGACAGAACCUGCUGGAUGAACUUGUAACUCGAGAGAGACUACUCGUGGCAUCCUUUAAGAACGAGGGUGCAGAACCAGAUCUCAUCAGGUCCAGCCUGAUGACUGGAGGGGCUAAGCGAGGAGUCCCCAACCCUUGGCUCUUUGAGGAGCCGGAGGAGAUCAGAGGUUUGGGUUUUGAUGAAAUCUGGCAACAGCAGCAGAAAAUUAUCCAAGAACAGGAUGCAGGCCUGGAUGCCCUGUCCUCUAUUAUAAGUCGCCAGAAACAGAUGGGGAAGGAAAUUGGGAAUGAACUAGAUGAACAAAACGAGAUAAUUGAUGACCUUGCCAACCUGGUGGAGAACACAGAUGGGAAGCUCCGCACUGAGACCAGGCGUGUGAAUAUGGUGGACAGAAAGUCAACGUCUUGCGAAAUUGGAAAUCAUCACAUGAUGCGGUGAAGAGCAUAUGAUGGAUGUAACAUAUUCAUUCUUCACUCAUCGAAGAAUUUUAGAGUGCAAGGGAUUGUACUAGGAGCUGAGGAGAACUCGAAGUCUGUCCGAUUAGUCACUCUGCCUCAAGAAGGAGAGGUGGCACGUACCUAAGUCUCAAAUACAAGGCAAAAUGAGAUCAGUGGUGUAUGAGGACUAUAAGUAAAAUGUUAUGGGUAUUCCGAGUAAAGGGAGAGAUUACUUCCUGCCAGUUUACGUGUGGUGUAAGGGAAAUGAAAACAGGCCAACUGAAGAAUGGCUCACUGAAAGACAGAGGAUUUGGAUCAAUGGGGAUGAAGGUGAGGAAUUAACUCAGGUGAGUCCAGGGUUCAAAGAGAAAUUCGUCUUGACUGGAGCCAGAAUUUCAAAGGUGCUCAUAACAUGUCAUCAUGAAAGUAAUGCCCUUUUCCUAGAACAUUGCUUCUAGCACUGGCUUAUUAAUUAAAGCAUAGAUUUCCUCCAAUAGACCUUGUUCAAUUGAGGGUCUUUGUUCUCCCCUGACGUUAAUAUCUCAGAACCACAGAAAUACAGCCCCCCCGCCCCAUCCCUGCCAGCACUCUGUUCUCCUGUUAGCCCAGCCAAGGAAGUCCAUGCCAUGUGGUGCCAGCAUUCCUAUCCAUCUCCUCGCUGCCACUGCUGGGGGGUAGUUUGGGUCAGCUUCCUGACCUGCUGCUUCAGCCCCCUCCCACCGCCCCUCCCUGAAUCACACAGGUUGGAAAGUUAAAAGCUCCUUGGCACGACGUUCCACGUGUGGCCCGGUUUCUACCCUAGAAGACGCGGAGAUAGGAGAGACCGGUGCGAGGUGUUAGUGACGCCCAGGGAGAUCAGAUCUCCCGAUGGGCACGGGGAUGGAGUGUGUUCGGCUCUUUCAGGGAGCUCCGCGAAGAUUCUAGCAUCUAGCGCCUCUCGUCCCACGAGACUUACGGCAGGCAGCUGCAGCAGUGGUGUGGAACUGUCCUCCUGUAUGGCUGGCUCUUUGGUCCUGGUCAUUGUAUAUCCUCCUUAUCUGGUUUUCUGGUCGUCCUGAAGGUUCCAUAAGCUCCAAUACCCCUUUUUUUCUUUUUCUUUUUCUUUUCUUUUCUUUCCUUUUUUUUCUUUUCUUUCCUUUUUUUCCCCUUCCUUCCUUCCUUCCUUCCUUCCUUCCUUCCUUCCUUUUUCUAAACCAGCUAGAGUGGAUGUGGUCUCAACAGCUAAAAACCCCUGCUGGUAUCAUUUGGUUGGACUUUCCAGUCACCCACCCAUGUUCCUUGAGGUUUCUGGCUCUCGAUUCACCAUUAUCUCUCUCCCCCCAUUUUCCUGCCAUCAUGCUAACGGGCGGAGGAGUCUGCGUGAUGGUCUCUGCCACACUGUGGUCUCAUCGCCUCUCCCUCUCCACGGCUACAGCUGGAACUGUGUCACCUGUAAGAGUUCCCCUCUCUGGCCCAGCCUCCUGUCACUCCACUGUCUCCCCGCGGACCUGCGCUCUAACCUCAGAGCAUCCUUCAGUGUCCUUCCCUGCUGUCGUAACACGUCAGUCCAGCUCUCUUCCCCGGUGAGCUGCAGCCCACCGCAGCCCACCAGACUCACUCACAGUUUACUGCCUCUUACGAUAACCCCUAAAAUGCUCCGUGCUGGUCUAGAUGUAUAGAUACCCUCGCCCCAUAUUUUGCACUGAGAAUAUAACAUUAGCUAAUGCUUAUAAGGUGCUUAUCGUAUACCAGGCACUGUUCCGAGCACAUUCAUAUAUUAAGUCAUUGAAUCCUCACAGCAAUUCAUUGAGAUAGGGACAUUUAAUGUCUACAUUUUACAGAUGAAGAGACAGAAGAACAGAAAGGUUAAGUGAUUUGCCCAAGGCGACACAGCUAGUAAGUCCUUGAGCUGGGAUUCAAGCUGUCAUGUUCUUAGUAGCUGUUCUCUAUUUGCAUUCCCUUCGCCUGUUUUAAGGGAUGCCAAGAUAUCUGUGUAUCUUUACAUGGAUAUGAAAAGCACUUUUUCCUCUUUAACCAUAUAUGUGAUUACUGUCCUACUGUCAGCAUCACACAUUGUAGUUUCUAAAAGCAGAAUUCCAUUCAUAUAUCCACCAGGUUUUUCUUUUUUUAAUGAAGUGUUUUUUCUUUCUCUCUCCCAUAUUAUUUCCUUGCUGUGCAUUCUGAUUUGAAUCUCAAUUCUGCCGUGAAAGAUAGGGUCACACUAUUGCAGAUAAAUGUUUCAGGCAGCUGUUGACUAGCGAGGGUGAUGGAUUUUCUAUACUACCCUCCUCUUUCGAAAUAUCCCUUGUGUUACAUCCGGAAAUGCGUCCUCUGAUAAAUGAAAUAUAGCAGUUUGGGAUAUAUCAGCUGGUAUUUUUUUCUCUGAUGUCUUCCAGGAUAGGUCUUGUGCAGUAUUUACACUUUGGGUUUCAAAACCCGACUGUAGGUAUGAAUCCCGGCUCAAGCAUUGAGACUUUGGGCAAGUUAUGUAACCUGUAAACGUCAGGUACUUCAUCUGGAUGAUUGGGGGUAGCCUACUAUAAAUUGAGUGUGAACAGAUCACCAUGGACCACCCCCCCCCCCCCGUGCCCCAGCCUUCUCCCCACAAGGUUAAUCCCAGCACAUCCUAUCACACUCCCCUCCCCAAACAAGCACGUACCCAUUGCAUAUGGACAGAAACAGCCUAGAGAAAUUUGAUAAAUUGCAUUUUACUGAAGGUUUCACAUGGAGACAGAGGAUCAGGUUGUAUUGUGCCCCACUAAGCACAUCUUCCCUUUAAAAAAAAGAAGAGUCCCUGCUUUGUCAUCUGCUUCUCUUUCCCCAGCAGCCCCCUUCAGCCUCCUUCCUCCUCACCCUCCUGGCCCGCCCACCCUGGCUCAGGCCACACCUGCCCCUUCCGUCGGUUAAGCAUCUGCCUUCGGCUCAGGUCAUGAUCCCAGGGUCCUGGGAUCGAGCCCCGCGUCAGGCUCCCUGCUCAGGGGGAAGCCUGCUUCUCCCUCUCCCACUCCCCCUGCUUGUGCUCACUCUCUCGUUGUGUCUCUCUCUCUCAAAUAAGUAAAAUCUUAAAAAAAAAAAAAAGGAGUAGCUCUCUCUUACAAAUUAUGUUCCUCUAAGCUUGACAGAGAGCCGACAAUUCUUUAAGUGUUGCCCAGAGUAAGGGGGGGGCACGCCGCCCUGUUUCGGGGGCCUCCGGCGCUGCCUUGCUUCUCAGGGGGAAAUGUCAUGCUUGUUUAUACCGGCCGCUCACAGUUCAGCCACUGCAGCAGGAAGUCAGCAUUGAUACCAACAGCUUCCACCCCUGACAUCGUCUUACUUAGAGUUUGGUUAUCAGAGCUCCCUGGCUGGUUUAUUUGUUUGUAGGUUUUCCCCUUUUGCUGGAAAAUCAUGGUACAUUUUCUGUCUCCAGCCCCUGGUUACAUUUAAGUUACUUUAAGCUAGUCAUCGCCUUCACCAAUAGUUGCCAAUUUGACUACUGAUUUUUGCGCCCUAUAAGGAAGUACUUACUACAGAGAAGAUAGAGUGUGACCGUGGCCUUGACCAUGGCCAUUAAUCGAAUUCGAAAUGGUUUCUACUGAUGUGGAGUUUAUGAAGUUAAUACAAAGAGGUCAGUAAGACCAUAUUUUCCCAGAGUAAUCAUUUUAUUGGCUAUAGUGUUUGUGCUUUUAUCUUAGAAAUUUUUAAGUAUCUUACAAGUCUGGGGCAUCUCAGUCGGUUGAGCAUCAGACUCUUGAUUUCGGCUCAGGUUAUGAUCUCAGGGUCGUGAGAUCGAGCCCCCGAGUGGGGCUCCGUGCUCAGCUCAGAGUCUGCUUGGGUUUCUCUCUCCCUUGCCCUUUGCCCUUCCCCCUGCUCGCUCGCUCUCUCCCUAUAAAAUAAAUAAAUAAAUCUUUAAAAAAAAUGUAUCUUACAAGUCUGAUAACUUCUCCCCUUUCCUUUAAUUCACUUUGUCUGUGGUGAAUCUCACCCGUAAAACUAAAGAACUCACUGUUUGAAAAGUUAGAUGGAAACUCAGCGGAAUGGGAGUAUUUAUUGCUUCCAAAGAAGGUUCUUCAUUGUAGAUUAUCCAGGAGCCAGUAAUGAAUGUGUACUCUCAGGGGCCAGGGAUUUCGGGGGAUGAAUUUCCCAGGGUUUAAUCAUCUCGUAAGGCCUCUGAGUGUGACUUUUUCCCAAUAAUCUACUUAUCUCAGUAAUUUACCCCUCCUACUGCAUUGCAAGGAAAAUGAGUCCCCCAGGUUGUUUGCAUGAUAAGUAGCUGGGAAUUGUGUGAGCCUUUCAAGAAACAGCCCUGAGUUAAUUGUAGCAGCCUGAGCUAAUGGUUUCCCAUGUUGGCUGGCAGGUUACAGGGAAGAAGGGGCUUGAAAACACCCUUUAUCACAAGUACCAUGCAUUUGAAAAGCUGAAAUCUUACAAAUGUUUGCUUCCUGGAAGAUAUUUUCCCUUGCACUAUAAAUGGGUGAGAAAAAUGUCCCUCCAGAGAUAGGACUGGCCGCUUUGCAGAUGGCUCUGGAUGUUGGCUACUUGGAGGAGUUCAGGGAGGUUUUUGUUUUUGUUUUUGCCAAUGGCUCACACUAAUUUGCCCCCACCCCCUCUUUUUUUUUUUUUUAAGUCAGCACUAAAGAAUAAGCUGCUCCCUGCAAGCCAACAACCAGAAAUACUACUUUAGGAAAAGUAAGAUAUGUUUCCUAAAAUUUCCUGAUUGUAUUUUUUUUUUUUUUUUUUAGCCUCAUAUCACAUUUAUCCUGGAGUUUGUUAAUACGAUAAUGCAUCAAACUAACAAGUUCAAAAUGGGUUUUCUACUGUGGAGGAAGGUCACUGAAAUACCAUUCACUUUGGGGGGAGGGACCUAGAACAUUCUGCGCUGUGCCCGUGGAGGACAGAGGAAGGUUGCAUGAGAUCUUACCUAGACAGGAAGGCAUGGGAACGUGCUGGGAGCAGAUCCCGGUUGGGGCAGAACAAAGAUGCUCUCUUUCCCACAUUACGUAGCCACCAGGCAAAACUCAGCAAGUUUAUAGGGAGGGGAGCAAGUUCCUGCUGGAAAGAAGGCUGUGUAUGAAGGAAGCAGCAGAAGCACCUGCUUUGCUUGCUCCAUUUACCCUCCCUGCUUGACCAGUGCCCUCCCGUCCUUCCAAUCGAUCAGUCGAUUGAUCAAUUGCAGCUCAAACAUCGCUUUCUCCAGGAAGCCCUUUCUGAUCCCCAUCCCAGAGAGUCCUGGGCUCUCUCACUGCAUAAUUUCAUAGCGUUUUCAUAGUUAUAAUUCCACAUUUUUUGGUAUGAUCAAAUUAUUUCUCUCUCUCCCCACAAAAUUGGACCUUCCAUGAGUACGUAAGGAUCUUGUCUGUUUUUUAUGCCAUUAGAAUCUCAGUAACUCAUUUCUCAGAAAGUAUCUGCCGAUAGAUGGGUGGAUGGAUGAGAGUACAAUCGUUGAAAGUAUUUCUGGUGGAGGACAUCAGGGUGAGGUCCUGGGUUAACUGAUGGCUGCACAGAAAGAAUUUCAAGGCUUGUCAAAAGCAAGAGAGAAAGAGGAAGAAAAUAAUCGUGAGCCUGGAAAGUGUAGAGAUAGAUACAUGGGAGCAGAAGUGUGUGUGUGUGUGUGUGUGUGUGUGUGUGUGUGUGUGUGUGAUAUUCCAUGAAUAUGCUGGCCCUGGGAUACAAAGAUGAGAAAAGAAUGAGUUUUGAGUGUUUUUUCCAAGAAGCAGGUGACUGAAUAGAUGGGCCAGGUUUCCAGCCUACAGUGGAUGGCGGACUGAGUUGGGCAGUUUACAGAGGUGUAGGCAGGGAUGGGGAAGCCAGAAGACAGACCAGUCGCUAGGAACCCACAGUCAUUGGACACUAUUACCCACACCCACCUACCACCCCACCCCGAAGGAGCAAGGUGGGGCAGCUUAGCAAGAGCUCCAGCCCUAGAAGGGGACAGCAGACCAGAAGGGUCACUGCUAGAGGGUUGUGCUAAAGCAAGGGGAGAACCAGAGAAGAAAUCCACCAGCCUCUCUCUCUCUCCUGACCUCUCCCAGCUAAACCCAAUGGGAAUCCCAAGGCAGGGGAGCCCCAGUGAUGCAGUAUGUGGAGAUCAGCCCCCCUGCCCUGCAAACCGUAGUAUAGUAGAGUGACAUUGACUAGUUAGGACGGUGACAGAUGGUCAGUGUCUUUAAAUACCUGCAAUCUUACUUCUUAACUUUUCUACUUAUUUUUUAUUUUGAGUAUGUAUUUUAACUGCCAAUAUAGCCAACAGUGUAUACCCUGAGAAAUUUGGCCCCUCUCUCCUCUCUUCUCCUCUCCCCCGUUCCACAUAUAGAUAACUACUUUCAUCUGCUUCUCAUGUCUCCUCCUAGAUACAGGGGCAUGUGUGUGCGUGUCUUAUCACGUCCCUGUAUAUUUAUAUACCUCAUAUCCCUGUCUCCCCAUAGGAAAGAUAGUGUAUUACAUACACACACACUCUUCUGCAUCUAGCCCAUUAUUUUAUAUAUACACGUAAGUAUAUCCGUGGGAGAAAUUCCCAGGGGUGGACAUGCUGAUAAAUUUUCCCGAAUUGCCCUCUGUAGGACGGCACGGUUUGGUACCUCCAAGCAAUACCGUAGGAGAGCAUUUCCCCACAGCCUUGCUGAAAGAGUGUGUCGCUCAGCUUUUGGAAUUUUGCCCAUCUGAGAGUGAAAACUAUCAUUUCAUCAUAUUAGGUGAAACCACAUGAAGUUGUAAUUUAUGUGGGCUAGAAAUGGUAGGCCAUUACUACUUUCAUAUGGUUCAGCCUAAGAGCUUUAUUUUGUAUUUUUUCUCACGAGUGAAACAAAAUACCUUUUGAUAGAUCUCAGCUACCAUUUGUAUUCCUUUUUUGUUCUGAACAUGCUAUUGACCUUGGUGCAUUUUUCUAUUGCUGGCCUUUUUCUUAUCAAUUAUAAGGAACCCUUUAAACAUCCAGGAGAAGAAUCUCUUGCAAUAGUGAGUUUCAAUUUUUUUUCCCGAAUUUGUUUGUCUAACUUUGCUUAUGAUAACUUUUGCCUCCAGAAGUCUCUGAUUUUUAUGUAAUUGUAAUGAUCAGUCUUUUCCUUUAUGACACGCAGAUUUUUAAGUCAUGCUAAGUUUGCCUCUAUGCCAAAGACGUAAAGGAAUUCUUCUGUGGAUUUUUUUCCCCUAGAACUUUAAUGGUUUUGUUUGUCACAUUUAAAUUUUGGAUCCGUUAGGAGUUUCUCCUGGUUUGAGGUAGAGACACAACUUUUUCUCUUUCCAGAUGGCUACUUGGUUGUUCCAACACCAUUGGUUCAAUAAUUCCAUCCUUAGCCCUACUGAUUACAGAUGUCACCAUGAUCAUGUACUAAUUGACAAGAUCAAUUUUAAGUCCUGGCAAGGUAUUCUAAAUUAGGUGACAUUCCUUAAAAUAUCUUUUUACAUGUGAAAUUGGUACAGGUUUGAAAAAAUGAAUACAUGUUUGCUGAACAAAAUAUAGACAAACAAAACUUGGACAAAGAAGUGAUCCUAAUUCUACUAUUUCCCACUGUUAAUAUGUUUUGUGUAUGUAAUAGCCACACGCACAUACAUCAGGUAAAGAAUAAUCUAUAACAGGGGCGCCUGGGUGGCUCAGUUGGUUAAGCAGCUGCCUUCGGCUCAGGUCAUGAUCCUGGAGUCCCGGGAUCGAGCCCCGCAUCGGGCUCCCUGCUCGGCGGGGGUCUGCUUCUCCCUCUGACCCUCCUCCCUCUCAUGCUCUCUGUCUCUCAUUCUCUCUCUCUCAAAUAAAUAAAUAAAAUCUUUAAAAAAAAAAAAAGAAUCUAUAACAGCUAUGUCCGUACAAUAUAGUGGCUUAUGCAACAUAGAACGGUAUUUCUUUUUUUUUUUUUUGCUCCUCGGGGUGUGGCAGUACUUGGCCUUUCCAUCCAAUCUUCUAGAACUUUUCCUUCCAUCUCUGCUCGUAAAUUGGCCAACUCUUGCUUGAGCUCAUCUCCUUCCUGUAGUGGCUUGCCAAAAGUUAACAAAUUAUGUAUAAAUAUUUAUCUCCUUACUACCUGUGUGUUAUCCCUAAAUAUAUUUCAUUAUAUUAUUAUAGUUCUUUUAAUAGGAAACUGUUAAGUAAUCUCCUACCACCUAAUUUUCAGGAUUACGUUGGGCAGGUGUGAAUGAAUUCCUUAAGAAGCAGACCUGUGAAAUCAAGCAUGUAACGAAAUGUCAUGAGCCCCAUAAAAGGCAGCAUUACCUGCCACACCGCUGUGUGGCUGCACCAGAAACUUGGGUGGACACAGAUGGUGUCCAGCAUUUACCAAGUCUUCUUGAUGAGAGAUGCUAUUAUACUGGUUCAGAUGAGCUAUCACAACACAGAGGAUGUAAAUGUCAUCACUGUCCGCCAGAAAGGUCUAAUUGAAAGCUUUUAAAGGAGGAUGACCAUUCUGUGCAUGUGGAAGCAUAUACAUAGUAGACUUACUUGUAAAUAUCAAAGCUGUCCAUCCAAAGAGGCUAAUUAAAUAGAUAAAUGUGGGGUGCCUGGGUGGCUCAGUCAUUAAGCAUCUGCCUUUGGCUCGGGUCAUGGUCCCGGGGUCCUGGGAUCGAGCCCCGCAUUGGGCUCCCUGCUCCGCGGGAAGCCUGCUUCUCCCUCUCCCGCUCCUCCUGCUUGCGUUCCCUCUCUCGCUGUGUCUCUCUCUGCCAAAUAAAUAAAUAAAAUCUUAAAAAAAAAAAUAAAUAGAUAGAUAAAUGUAUGCCCAGUCCAACAGCAAAAAAGAAAAAAUCCAAAGCACCUCUCUUUCCCAAAAUGCUCUGGUGGUGGGCAAUUUUAUAGGCAAAUUCUUUUAAACUUCCCAGGAAAAAUAAUUCCUGUGUUAUAUAAACUGUGGCAGAAUUCAGAAAAGAAGGAAGACUUCUCGUUUCACUGUGUGAAGUUGGAAUGACUCUGAUGUCAAAACCCAGCAAAGAUGACGUAUAUGCUGAAUGUCAAAACUAAAAAGGCAUUUAAUAAAACUCAGUGUCUGUUCUCAGUUUGAAAUUUAAAAAAAGCACACAGCAAACAAAAUGAAAAGGCAGCCUACUGAAUGGGGAAAAAUAAUUGCAAACCAUGUAUCUGAUAAGGGGCUGAUAUUUUAGGACUCUAACUCAAUAGCAAAAAACCAAACAAUUCAAUUAAAAAUCGGUGGAAGAUCUGAAUAGACAUUUUUCCAGAGAAGACAUCCAGAUGGUCAACAGGCACAUGAGAAGAUGCUCAGCAUCACUCAUCAUCAGGGAAAUGCAGAUCAAAACCCCAAUGAGAUGCCACCUCACACCUGUUAGAUGGGCUGAUAUCAAAAAGACAAGAGACAAGUGUUGGCGAGGAGGUGGAGAAAGGGAACCCUGGUCCUCUGUCGGUAGGAAUGUAAAUUGCUGCAGCCAUUAUUGAAAAUAGUAUGGAGGUUCCUCAAAAAACUAAAAAAUGAACUACCAUAGGAUCCAACAGUUCCAUUUCUGGGUAUAUUUCUGAAUAAAAUGAAAACACUAAUUCAAAAGGAUAUGUGCACCCCCAUGUUCAUUGCAGCAUUAUUUACAAUAGCCAAGACAUGGAAACAAUGUAAGUGGCUCAAUAAAUGAAUGUAUAAAGAUGUAUGUAGAGAGUGUGUGUGGGGGGGAAGAGGUGCCACAUACACCCCCACGCAAAUGGAAUAGUAUUCAGCCAUGGAAAAAAAAAGGGAUGAAAACUUGCCAUUUGUGGCAAUGUGGAUGGACCUGGAGGGUGUUACGCUAAGUGAAAUAAAUCAGCCAGAAAAAGACAGAUACCAUAUGAUCUGUCUUGUGUGGAUUCUUAAACAAAACAAAAACCCAAGCUCAUCAAUACAGAAAACAGAUUGGUGGUUGUAAGAACUGGAGGCUGAGAGAAAUGGGUGAGCUGUUUUUGUUUUUUUCUUUUUUAAGUUUAAAUAAAUUAAAUAAAAUGUAAAAACUAAGAAACACUCUUGAAAGCAAUGAAAAAAAUAAUUCACUCGAGAUAUAUUUCUUAUUCAUGACCAAGAGGCACAAUAUUAUUAAGAUACCAGUUCUUAAAUUGAUUUGAAGUUCGGUGCCAUCCCCAUAGAAAUCUCAGCAAGCUGUUUUGUAAACAGCAACAAACUUGUGUUAGACACUGAGUAGCGUCGGGGGUUACUGCUGAAGGACAAGUCAAUGAACUCACACUUGCCCGUUUCAAGAUUUAUUAUAAAGCUACAAUAAUUAAGAGAGCAUGAUGUUUUGAAACGAAUGGACACGUAGAUAAAUGGAACAGAACAGAGAGUCCGUGGACAGACUUACACAGAUACAGUCAACUUGACCUGGGUCAAAGGAAUAAAGGCACAUCAAUGCAGAAGAGAUUGUUUAGUUUUUAGUCUUUAGUCAUCAUCAGCAAAUGAGGGUACAAAUGGACAACCACAGGAAUUUUUUACACAAACUUUGCACCUUAGGCAUAAAUUCACUCAAAAGUAUUCAUUGCCUUAAAUAUAAAAUGCAAAAAUAUAAAAAUUAUAGUGGGGGACUUAGGAGAAAAUCUACAUGGGUUAAAGUUUUGUGAUUAAUUUUCAUAUAUGACACAGAAAGCAUGGUCUGUGAAAAGAAAUGAUAAUGUGAACUUAUUUACACUGUCCGCUCUGUGAAAGACUGCAUUCAAAGAAUGGAAAUACAGGCUGCUGGCUAGGAGACUAUGUCUUCAAAACACUUACCUGAAGAAAGAUUUGCAUGAAAAGUAUUCAAAGAACUAGAACGCCACAGUAAGAAACCAGACUUCCCAAAUUAAAAUAAAUAGGGCAAGACAAGUAGACACCUAACCAAAUAAUAUAUAUAAAUGGGGGAAAAAAACCAUGUCUAAUUUGCUCAACAUUGGGGAAUUAUUGGAAAACAGUAUAUAUUGUGCACUAGGGAAAAGCAAAUUAAAAAAAUAAAAAUUUAAAAAUAACUCUUCAAACUGGGAAUUAAAGAGUACUUCAUUAUCAUACCCAGUAAUAACUAUCACAGACUAAAUGCUACCAUUUUGCUUGAUGGUAAAAAAAUUACAAGAUCAGAUCAGGGACAAAUAAGAAUGUCCUCUUUCACUGCUGAUGCACAUCAUUCGUCUCUACAAUGUGCAAAUAAUUAAGGCGGAAUUAAACUUACCAUGUUUGUAAACAUUUGUAAGAAUCUACCUCGGAAAUUCAAGAGAAUCAACUAAAAACCAAAAAGAAAGCCAAGUCCUUUGCCAGUUAUAAGAUAAAUAUACAAAAAGUGGUUCUCACAAAUACCCAUAAUCAGUUAGAUAAUGUCACAGAGAACAGAGAGGGCACAUUAACAGUAGCUCCAGGGACACCUGGGUGGCUCAGUGGGUUGGGCGUCCAACUCUUGAUCUCGGCUCAGGUCUUGAUCUCAGGGUCAUGAGUUCAAGCCCACUUAAAACAAAACAAAACAAAAACCCAAAACCAAAAAACAAACCAGUAGCUACAAAAACUCAACAAGAAAUAGGGGACCUUGAAAAAAACAGAAACCCUACUCAGGUUCAAGACCCAACUGUAGGAACGCCUGGGUGGCUCAGUCGGUUAAGCGGCUGCCUUCGGCUCAGGUCAUGAUCCUGGGGUCCUGGAAUCGAGCCCCACGUCCGGCUCCCUGCUCAGAGGAGAGCCUGCUUCUCCUUCUCCCUCUGCCUGCCACUCUGCCUGCUUGUGCUCUCUAUCUCUCUGUCAAAUAAAUAAAUCAAAUCUUUAAAAAAAAAAAAAAAAGGACCCAACUGUAGCUGAAGCAAAAACAAAGGAGGGGCGCUCCCCCGAGCUGGAAGUGGGAGAAGGUCACACCCAGAGGAACUGCAGGUCACAACUAGAGGAACUGAAGCCUUAGGGAGCAGAACAGGAUUCUCAGAGCCCCAGGACUGUUUGUGCUAGGACCGUAGGGCUCAGUUGUUGGGAGUACGCACAGCUCCAAACCCACGGGCUUGCCAGUUAGCACCAUAGUCAUCACAGAUUUAUAUGUUUUGGGCAACGGGUUUAGGACAUGCAAGAAGUACUUGUUUCUGAUGCACACAGAGGCACCAUGGGGGUUAGUGGUGGGGCUGUGUACCGUUCCUCCUUUAUCAUCUCUGCGUUGGCUUCCCCCUUUCCUGCCACAGACUGGCUUUCUCAUGGUGGAGAGCACAGCGCCUGGCAGCCCCACGUUCAAGUACUUCUUACUCUGUGGAAGGGUUCCUUCCUUAACAACAAUCAGGAGAGUCGUGGGAAAGGUUUCUUUGGGUCCUGGCUGGGGUCUUGCAUCUGUCUGUGAAACAUGAGUGCCUGUGUUUGGCUUCAGCCUCCGGUCAAGGGUGCAGGCAAGCUAUUUUAUCAGGAGGGUAUGCGGGUUGUUUGGGGUGUUAGUUGGUAGAAAAAUUAUAGCUACCGACAGAAGAUUUGAAUAAAUGUAGGGAUCUGCCAUUUAAAGUGUAGAGAUGUACAUUUCUCCCCAAGUUACUUUAUAAAUUUCACAGUCUGAUUCAGAAUUCCAGAGGGAGUUUGGGGGCUCCUGGACAUCACGAUUCUAAAGUUUAUCUGCAAUAGCAGACAUACGUAGUGAGAUUAGCUAGGAAAAUUCCGCCCAGUGUCAGGGAGCCAGGUUAAUUUGUGUAUUUUUCAUCUCGGUCUUAUUUUAUCAUCUGUCCUAGGCUUAAAAUACGAUCCAGUGUUGACACCUAAUUUUUUUUUUUUUAAAGAUUUUAUUUAUUUAUUUGACAGAGAGAGAGACAGCGAGAGCAGGAACACAAGCAGGGGGAGUGGGAGAGGGAAAGCAGGCUUCCCGUCGAGCAGGGAGCCCGAUGUGGGACUCGAUCCCAGGACCCCGGGAUAAUGACCUGAGCCAAAGGCAGACGCUCAACGACUGAGCCACCCAGGCGCCCCUGACACCUAAUUUUUAAAGCUUUUCUCCCAGGACAGUUUUUAUGUAAGCCAGGGAACUAGGAGUUAGGUAUUCAGAGAUCUAACAUCUCAUACUCUAAUGUCACUCAAAUUAUUUUGAAUGCUGGCUCUCCACAAGGUGUUGUGGGGUUUCAUUAGAUAGAAGGCAUAUUCCCUCCCCACCUAGUACUACACUCAGCUUUUCCAAACAAAGAUGGGUAUUAGACAUUGUCAGUUUGUUGUCAUUCCAUAUGAUUCAGGGAAUCAGUUUGCGAAUAUGAAAGGAACCGGAAGAAGGUACAAAUGAUCUGAUCUGAAACUACAAGUAUACAAAAGAAAUUGGGGGUUAGUUAGUUACUGCACAUCAUUGGGGGUGGUAUGGAUGACAUGGGUUUUAAAUGUAAGGAUCUCUAUAUAAUAGUAGUAAAAGCCUAAAGUUGUACAGAAUUUUCAAAGAUGCCAGAGAUGGCUUAAAAGAGAGCACAUGCUGGCCACCUUGCCAAUGGAGGAAUAAAGAGAUGGAAAGGAGGGGCGCCUGGGUGGCUCAGUCGGUGAAGCAUCUGCCUUCAGCUCAGGUCAUGAUCUCAGGGUCCUGGGAUCCAGCCCCACGUCGGGCUCCCUGCUGGGUGGGGAAUCUGCUUCUCCCUCUCCAUCUGCCCUUACCCCCUAACUCGUGCUCGCUCGCUCCCUCUCUUUCUCUAAAAUAAAUAAAAUCUAAAAAAAAAAAAAAAAAAAGGACAGAGAGGAAAUGUCAGUUUAAAAAAAAGUGGUUACAUGGGAAGUAAAUGCAGGUCAGAAAAAGUGACGUUCGUGAUUUUGUUUUGUGUUUGUAAAUGGCACUCUUCUUGGGAAAGUAAACCCACGCCUGAAAAGGAAAGCAAAUGUGUAAUGCCCACGUGGUAAUGCCUUCGUCGGUAUGUGUCAUGUCCAAUUUCUUUGGCUUUGGAAACGAUGGGGGAAUAUUCAACCCUGGAAAUUUGUAAAAAAAAAAAAAAAAAAAAGGCAAGAUAAAUGUUUGUCUUCUGUGAUUUACGUUCAUACCGAGCUUGAGUUCCAAGAUCUCAGCUAGAUAACCACUUACAGCCCUCUUCAUCUCCAAGUGUCGGGAAAGUUGGUUGAUUAAGGCAAGCCCAGACUGAAAGUAAGGGAGUUUACAUGGCCUUCACAGGGACAAAGGACUUGAAAGCAUGACCUUUAAAAAGAGAAGUAGCCCAGCUCCUCUGACUGGAGGCCAGAAGUAGCCUGAUCACAUUAAACAGUAUAAGAACGAAGACAGAAACAGGCCGUCCCCUCCUCCUUUCACAGCUCCAAAUCAGUUCCUCAGUUUGCCUUGUAAGCGAUGUGCAGAUAUGUAUGGUAAGGCCCAGCGUGCUGUGCGCGGCAUAUGUUUAGAAUUAAUCAUGUAACCACAUUUGCCCCAGCUGCAAAGCUAGAGUUCACAGAAGUGUGGAAACAAUGUUGAGAUACGCAUCUAGAAGCAAAGGUCAUGCAGCUUGUGCCAAGACAUAUGUCAGGGGGAACUCGUGGUGGUGGCCAGUGCCAUCUGAAGUCCAAGAGCAUAUGUGAACCGACACAGCCCUCAGACCAUGAACCCCCAAGGCCAAAGGGAAAUGACCUUCCACGGAUGGGGAUGCCAACGAAAGUGAGAGAGCUCACAAAAUGCCGACAAGAGAAAAACCAGGUGGGAAGGUUAGCCCAUCUGGCUAAUUGGUCGCAGACUGUAAAUUCCCCUCCAGCCACAUCUGCCCUUGCUCCUUAGGAGAACCUGGAUCUUCUGAGGACUUGCAGAGGAAUGUUUGCAAGGAUGGGUGCCACUCAGGCUGGGGGGUUGGUUUUUAAAGUUGAACGACAGAAAUAGAUCGGCUGAUGGAGCGUUAGUGAGAGAGGCAAGAGACGAGGCAAGAACGGGACAGGGUGAGGAGGAGGGUGGGGAGCCACUCAGGAAAUCCUGGACUAUUUGCUCCUUCGGCCUUUCAGUUGCCAGAUUCUGUCCCGGGCCUGUGGGUCCCAGGGCCGGACCGGGGCCAAGGUGCAGGGGUCAGGACGUUCCGCUCCCGCUCUGCCAGCUCACACGCUCCUACACGUACUCGCAUGCACUGUUCUUCUGUCAUUGCGUGUGUCCACUGUCCACCCUCUUCUGCUCAAGAGCACAGGAAUCCCAAGUGCAUUCACGCUCACAUACCGGGGACAGAAAGUGUCGUCCCAGCCAGCCAUCUUGCCAUUUCAGAUGGGAAUAGAGUAAGGGAAUGACAGAUUCAUAAACAGAAUUCCGCACCCCCCCCCGCCUUGGUAGAAUUUCGGGCACCCUAAACCUGAAAUCCAGGGAGGGAAGACAUUUGGGAGCAGAGAGGACUUCUUUCUACUCUUCAGGUUAUCCCCAGUCAGGUGACCAUUCGAUCUGGCCUUGUUCGGUACAUGGAGGUUGUCUGGUUUAUAGGCAUGCUGCUUAAAAUACACCGGAGUCCCCAACUGUCCAUCUUCUGAUUGUGUCCCCAACAAACAUUACCCAGUACCUGCUGUUGCCCAGCCCCAGAGCCCUUACUUGCUUGUUUGAGAAGUCACGCAUCCUGAAAUUGAGAGGUUUUCUCUCUCCCUCCCUCUCUCUCUCUCUUUCUCUCUCAUGUGCUGACCAAAGAAACUUCCAGAUCUGUUGCCUCCGUUAGCUCUGUUUAUAAAUCUGAACUUAGUUGGCAUUUUAGGUAGAUGAAGAGUCCCUCCAUUAAACCAGCGUGGCGGGAAGGAUGGCCGAAAGGGGAUCCUAAUGCUCAGCUCUAAUGGUGAGUUGCUAGAUUUGCAGGUGUAUUGGGAGCAGGAUUCAUUGUUUCUCUUCCUUGAGUCUGGGGAAUAGCACCAAGCUAUAUAAAAAAUGAUGCAGGGUUCGAACAUCUAUGAAUCAAGUUUAGAACUGCAGUUACAUGCGGCAGAGGUCAUUGUAGGAGAAGUAACAGGCUCCCUGCACACCGGGCACCAGCCUGAGGGCUCCGUACGCAUUACACCAUCUGACCUUCACAUCUGCCCUCCGCAACAGGUACGUUCAUUAUCUCUGUUUACAAGAUACGGCAACUAGAGAAUUCCUUGAGCUCUUCCCCGAGCAACUUGUGUCCUUUGCUGUGUGUGUGUGUGUUACACUUCGGCAAAAUUUAUGUUUAAAAAAAAAAAAGAGGAGGCCAGUGAAGCCCAGAGAAGUUAAGUGACUUGCCCAAAGUCCCCUAACUGGCACCAGAAGCAGGAUUCAGCCACUAUAUUUGUCCCCCUUUAGAGCCCACUUAACUUCUCCUCUGUGCUGCUAACCCUUCCCAUUUAAUUAUACAUUAUCGUCACUCCACACGUACAUAGUUCAUACAAAUGAGCAGUAUUUGUAUUCUCUUACGCUGCCAAUCCUUCAUCUUGUCAUUUCUUCAUCAUCUAGAAAUGUCCUUGUGUUUUUAGCUUUCUCUCUUUGUGAUUUACUUCUUUGUUCCCCCACCCCCAAACUAUUUACUUUUUUUUAGGAUUUUAUUUGACAGACAGCACAAGCAGGGGGAACGGCAGGCAGAGGGAGAGGGAGAAGCAGACUCCCUGCUGAGCAGGGAGCCCGAUGCGGGGUUCGAUCCCAGGACCCCAGGAUCAUGACCUGAGCCAAAGGCCGAUGCUUAACCAACUGAGCCACCCAGGCGCCCCCCAAACUAUUUACUUCUUGGUUGUCGAGUAAAUGAGUGAACAAGUCUUGUCGUAACAUUUACGCUAACGCACGUUUUUAAGACAGUGUCCUAGACUCAUUCAUUUCUUUGUUUAUUCCAUGAAGUUAUUAGAUGCUCGCUACACGCCGGGACUAGGAAUAUAAAGUUGAAUAAGACGGUGUCUUCUUUCAAGAGGUUUGGCGUCUAGUAGGAGCAGACGGACUUUUCUUUAAAAAAUAGGGGCAGACAGACUUCCUACGGAUUCCCAGACAGAGUCUCUUCGUGUAGAGUGGGAGCAUCCAGGAGGAAGUGGCAAGGGUAGGCGAGGAAGGCCUCACGGAGGAGGUAACUCUGAGUGCGGAGAGGUGAGGGAGUGCUGGUCAAGGGCUGGGGGUUGCAAGGCCACGGGCUCGCCGUGUCCAUCUGCUGAGGCUUCCAUAACAAAAUACCAUGGGCCAGGUGACCGAGAUAACGGAGGCCUGCUUUCUCACAGUUCUGGGGGCUGGGAAGUCCAGGAUCAAGGUGCUGGCAGGGUUGCUUUCUGUUGAGGUCUCCUCCUUGCUUUGUCCUCACGUGGCCUUCCCUCUGCUAGGUGUGCUGUGAGGAGUGGGGAGGAGGAGGAGGAGGGCGAGGGAGACGGAGAGGGAGAGAGAGCCCUCCGGUGUCGCUUCCUCUCCUUAUAAGGACACCAGCCCUUGUAACCUAAUUUAACCUUCAUUACCUCCUCCUAAUCAGCCAUACUGGGGGGUGAGGGCUUCAACAUACGAAUUGGGGGGGACAUAAUUCAGUCCAGAAUGCACACCGACACCCAGGAUUCCCUGGCCCCACAGUUCCUCCUGAUGCCUCCUCACGGAGGCACCCCACAGUCCCUCUGUUCAUGCUUGUUUUAAGAGUCCUUUCGCAUGCACCCUGCCUGUGCCCAGAAGUCUUAGCGUGGUGAUUCAGUGUUUCCAGUCUGUUCCUUGAUGUCUGUUCUAAAGAGCAUAAGGCUGACACAGCUCCGACUUACAAAACCCCGGGCUUCAGAUGUUUCCACCAUCGUCCAGAGCUGGCCAUGGUGGGGAAGCUGCAGUUGCCUCCUUCCCCACCCCAAGGAAUCUCCCUUUCCAGGGACUCUCUUCUCUGCCUGGCUCCCCAGAGCAUUAAGGGCACAGCAUAGUUGUACCCACAGUGAAAAAAUGUGACUUCUCCCACUUCUCCUGUAACAAGUGACGGCAGAAUGCAAAAUGGAUCAUAUAUGUAAAGGCUCUUUGCAAAGUGCAGCGUGCAGUAUUCAGUCCAUAAAUUAUUAGAGCCUUUUAUCUUUGCAAUCAUGUUUUCCGGGCGCGUCAUCGGACCCUCUCCCAUCCCCUGUGUCACCAUAGUUAGGUACCCAAAAGGACCUUCACCGGGUCUUUGAGAAUUCCCCGAAGCCACCUUCCCGCUCACACCCACCCUUCUUGCGUGCUUGGGUUAUGAUGCAGUCAUUUUCAAUACUAGUCUCUAAAUUCCAGCCCUUCUGUGAAGCCUUCCUGGCCCGACGGGGGAGGAGCGAACGACUUCCUUGGGGGGCUUGGGAUGUGGGGGCCCCGGGGACAGUCACGCAGCCCGACUCUGGGUCUGAACUCCCUCCAUGACUUACCAGCUGUGUGACCUGGAACAGCCCUUUGUUUUUCCUUCGCCGGAAACCGAGGGUGUGGGUCAUCUGGCCCCUAACAGCUGCACUGUUGGCCACGGAGUCUUGCUAACUUGACCCCAAGGCCAGCAGAGAGCUACCAGGGACAAGGGUGGCACAAUGCAAGAGGCGAGAGAGAGAAAUCCUUCUGGUGUGAAGAUUUGUGAGGAUGACAUGAGUUAAGACACAGCUGGGCCCUUAGAACAAUGCUUGGCCCGCAGUGAAGGCUCCGUAGGUUUUGUUUCCCCAUCCAUCAGUAGACAUGGCGGUCCACGGCUAUGGAGAUGUGUGCUCUUAGUGGUCCGACCCAUUUCCAGAAUGUUGCUGGAUUGAAUUUAAGUUUGCCCAGCCAACCAAUACCCAUCAUGAAUGAUCCGAAGGCUCCGUGCUCCGUCCCAUUUUCUGUCGGAUACCUUUCGUCUGUAUUGCAAAUAAUCUCCGGAGAGCCAGCUCGCUGGCCCCGUGGAAGGCCAUGUGCUUGAGGACAGGGCAUGACAUUUGAAUACUCAGUGGUACCUGAACAUUUGGAGCAUGGGAUCGGAGGGGCAAACUGAAAAAGAGCCAGUGACGGGAAGCCUUUCUGGCCCAAAAGGAAACCUUGCCUUUUCCAGACCUGAGGCCAGAAGUGAGCACUUCGGUGCUGAAAGGGGUCCGGAUGCACAGCUAGGGGGGAUUCUUUCCCAGGGUUGGUGGGAGGAGGAGACUUCUUUCUGUCUGGCGUGGGCUCAGAACGGAGCAUGCUGGAGGUUAGGCUUGCACAGGUAGCCAGAGAAACACGCGAUGCUUUCUCUUUAUUGUGUCUGCUGAGUGGUUCUCUUUCCCAGCCUGUGUUGUGUUAUGAAAGAGACAAGUUUAAUAAACAGAUUCUAUUUUUACUCCAAGCCACGGCUUGGAAAAGCAUUCCGUCUCCCAACCGGGAACCAGGAGCCCCCUUGGCCCUGCGCGCCUGUUACUCUCUCUGCCACCACUUGGUGGUGACAUACCGAAGCUUGCAGGGGUAGGUCUCAAAAGCCCGUCUGCCUGAAGCCCCACCACCUGGCACCAACGGCUGAGACGGUGCUUCAGACUCUCAAGAUGCCUCUGCUCUUAGCCUUAUGAGAUUCAUGUUCGGGGACUGCUUGUCCGAUGUGUCCCUUUGACCAGGUGAAGAAGCUGCUUGUUCCCGAGUCCCAGUUCUGGUCUGGUUAACUGGCAGCUUCCAGCCCUCGGGAACACAUAGGCGUAUAAGAAAAACAAUCCUGCUUCCCCUUAGUUCAACUAACGCAAGGCUGGAGGAUUUCAAACAGAACUUUUCCUUGGAAACAACAGCAAAAUAUACACAACAGCAUAAAUAAAUGGAUAAGCUCACAGGGUUUGGCCGGCUGACCAGGACUUAAGGAUGGAACAGCACACGGUGCAGACCGGCCAGCAGGGCUCCCAGACUGUCCAGAGAGCCUCGUUUCUUCUCCCACCUUGGAAUCUAAGAACCUUGUAGAGCAGAUUGGAACGAGGUUAGCCCAGCCUCGAUCCCAGAGGAGAUCUUAUUUAUAAUUCGUAACCUCCGUAUUCCAAAGAAGAUAUGGGGUAGUUUACGAUAAUGUGUGUGUGUGUGUGUGUGUAUGUUUAAAACCAAAGCUGCUGAAGAAAUUGAAAAUGUUUACACGUAGACAAGAGCAUAAGUAGAAUAUAUCAAAGCACUAAAUUAAUACCAUGCUUGAACACCAAAUUUAGCGCCAAGAAGAGAAUCCUGGGAAACCAGCAUGCAGAAGGAACCGUCAGGUAUUUACACAGUGACAAUAACUACCAGAAAAGAAAAGGGACGUCCCUUUUCAAGAGAAGCUAGCCUUGUCCCGGUCCUGAGUAUUUAUUGGUAAUGGCAGCACGUAAUUCAACAGUGAUUUCACAGAACACCCAGAAACUGUCUCGUUCAGUUGGCGAGCAAUGUUUGUUUGUGUUGAUAACUACUUUUAGAUCCGAUGGACGCCUCCUUUCUUCCCAGAAUUUGCUCCACAGCUGUGCUGCAUCCCCUUCUUGCGGCUGACCUUAGGUCAGGUGGGAAAGCCCCCAAAAGGGGCGUCCCUGUCCCCCCCACAGAGGACACUAGACGGGAAUGAGCCUGGCACGGGGGGCGGGGGGGGCAGUCAGCACAGCCCCUGGACCAGUGAGCAUUGUGCUCUCUGUACGUGUAUGCAGGACAUAUGGAGGAUGAUUAUGUUAUUUACUCAUGAUAAGGAGAACUCGAGAUGCCCUGGAUUGAAAAGAAUACCUAUCAGCCAGAGAUCUGGGACUCGUCGAACAGCGGCUCCUUGACGUUCCUUCUCUAUUCAAUAGCGUGAUGUGAUUUGAGAUUUUUCUCCCUUCGGGAAGGAAGCAAAUGCAGUUUUGGGUGCACUCGGAAGUCCUGUGAUGAUCAAUGUAUUGUCAGCUUGUUGAAAUCGUUUAUGUGUGUGGCAGCAUGUUUGCGGGACAGCUAAGCAGAGGCCGUAAUGGGUCUGUGUUUCUCUCCUCUCUUGCACCCAGGACCUGCUCGAUCCAUAUGGUCCAAUAUGGUUCAGAUGGGGGUGGCAUUCACCCUUCCUCCUCCUCUCCCCCGCUUCACAGCUGCUGUUGAUCCCCAUGCCAGGCAGCAGGGUAGGCAUUUCACACAGAAUCUGGCCUGGUGGUGAGUCGAAAUAGUGUCCAGGCAUAGUUCACAAAGACAGGAGGGCAGGGUCCAUUUCAAACCGGGAACAGAAAGCCACAGUGACCUGCCCCACCUCCCUUCCCCCUGGGCUCCGGUCUCCAGAGGAGAGCGCUUUCAGCUCCUCCCACCUGUUUCCCCUGGAUCGUACUUUCUUACUCCUGAAGAAUAUGCUUGUACUCAUAGCACUCGAUCUGAUUGCAGUUUGAGAUGUUGUCUGCUAACUUCUGCCGUGGAAGAUGGACUUAGUUCUUUCACUGGCUGCCCCCCAGCCCCUCACACACACUCCCACUCCUCUCUGCUUCCGACAGAGUUCAAUCACAGUUGUUAGGUAGAUCACGAUUCAGCAUUUUCAUUUUGACUGUAUUGGUGUCUUUAACCGAGCCACGUAGCUUACUAUAAUUAGAUUUCCUUUCUGACACAGGAUUUUGGGUUUCCUGGACUUAGUGUCAUCCUUUCCCUUUGCUUAUCCUAACUCUUGCCCUGACUUGCCACAGAGCUAAGAAAUGCCUGUGGAUCUGUGAGAUGCACAUCAGAUAAUCCAUCUUGCCCGUGUUCUGCUUGGGAGUCAGCCCUCCUGGGCCCCAGGCUUCCGUUCCAACCCAGACUUCGAGCUCUCCAGGCCCCCUGCCCCUCCGCUACCGUGGGACUUCUCUUCGAUGUCUUCUUGAGACUGUUCAUCCCCUCGCUCUCCCGUCAGAGCCCCCUUUCUUGGAACUCGUAUCUUCUUCCUUGGUUUACCUCCUCAUGUGAUGGAGCACAGCCUCUAGCUCUCUGAUGGGGACUGCCUGCGAAGCACAUUUCUCGAGAUAUGGCAUGUCUGAAAACAUCUCUGUUCUGCCUCUCGCAGUUAACGGAUCGACUGCAUAUAGAAUUUUCGGUUAAAGAUGAUUUGUGCUCAGAAUGCUAAAGGCAUCUUUCAUUGUCUUCUAGCUCCCAGCGUUGCUACCGAGAAGUCCAGUGCCAUUUUGACUCCUGAGCCUUGUUAUAUGUCCUGCUUUGCUUUUAAGAGCUUUUCCUUAGCGUGAAUAUUCUAAAUUUCACGCGGAAGGCCUUUGAGUAACGCCAGCCCCCUGUCCUGGUGUUGGAGACUUGGUGGACCCUUCCGGCUGGAAUUCGUGGCCUUCAUCCU